UUUACAAUGCGAACCGCAACUUUUGUCUGGCAGCAUUCAAUUCAAUUCUUUGCGCGAUCGGUGGAGGAGCCACUUCUUCAGAUUACACUCUUCCACUUCACAUUGCGCGCACCAGCAAUAAUAUACGAUGGAUACUUGGUUGCAACCAGUGUUUACCGAUCUGCUGGAAAACAAAAAGUUUGCUGAUUGCCUCAUCGUUGUGGAGCCUGAAACGUUUGAUUGCCACAAAGUGAUCCUAGCAAGUGCAUCCGAGUUCUUUGAGCGCAUGUUCCUUGGGGAUUUCAAGGAGUCCAAGUGUGGCCAAUUUAUUGUGAACGAUGUAAUGCCGAAAACGUUCAAAUAUUUCCUGGAGUAUAUCUACACGUACAACUCUGAGAACUUGAAGAAGUACAACAGCACAGUACUAAUGGACCUUUUGGUGGUUGGAACCAAGUGGCUGGUAGCCUCACUUCAAUCAGAUUGCGUUAAGAUUCUCACGGAGCGAGCCAAAGCGAUGACGAUUGGCGAUCUGCUCGACCUAUUUCAGGGUGCGCACAAUGUAGACAACGAAUCGUUGAUCAAUGUGGCCAAGGCGUACCUUAAAACAUAUAAACAACGCAUGAAUUGCUACGAAGCUCUUAUGCUCACAUCCGACGUCUUUGAGCAGUACCUCAUUAUCGCCGAUGGCUGUAUUGAAGAGGUCGAACGGUUCAAAAUGAUUCAGGCCUACGUUAAGGUAAAUGGGUUGCACGUUGCCGAAACGUCCGAUUACUCUGUAGAUGCUGAAGCAGAUAAUAAGGAAGCCUCUGGUGUUUUGGAGAUAGAAGACGUGAAAAAAGUCGGCGAAGGAAUUCGCAAGGAACUGUGCGAGGUGAAACCUGUGGGCGACACUGCCACCAAAGCAGUCGAGCUCGACGUAGGCAACCAACAAGAAAUGAAAGUUAAAGCGAUACAUUCAAAAUAUGUCCGCACGCUUUUGGGAUAUAUAAAUUAUAAAAAUAUGAACAAAACCCAGUUCUACACAGUAGUUGGCAAAUCAUCUUUGUUGGAUAUUAAAGAAAAGUUCGAAAAACUCUACUUAACUUCGUAAAGCGACGACGAAGAGUGACUUGGAAUGUCUGGAUUUAAAGUCGAGUUUUGAAAAUGCAUUUUGAAUAAAUUUAAAGCUGUUUUAAAGACA